AUGUCAAACAAUGAAACUGGUACUAUCCUUGAGCGCAAAGCUGCCAACAUUGAUGAUAGUUAUUUCGUAAGUGUUAUUGCUACUUUGAAGGAACUUACAAGAGACGAUGCAGUUUCAGAACUGCAAAUUCUUGCGAUUGGCCUUCCGAGAGUCACAUUAAAAAGCCCCAUUGGAGAGGUGGAACUGCGCACCACUUAUAUUGGCACAAUUCUCAGCCCGCUGUUUACGGAUCCUGAUCGCGGUAUAUUCCCGCGAUGGUCAGAUAGACAGACGGCAGAGUCAAAGGCUAGAAAGCCAGUAGGCAGAGCAAAACAAUCAGAUGCUAUUAUCAACGAAAUCGAUCCGCUGUCUUGGAGCUCAAACUAA